CUCGUUGGCUGCGGCGGCAGCGACUGUUUUCCCUGCCGGUUCGCUCCUUGUUUGUAACAAAACGCCAAGCGCGUGACUGGACGUCGCAACAAAGGACGUUGGCGGAUCUAAACAGCUGUGAGAAGUAGCGGCGGCCCCAAAGAGUAGCGGCGCCCCCGGAACAACGAUCAUCCAUCAUGGCCGCCUCAGAUGUGAAAUUCGAAGGGGUACACUGCGAUGCUUGCUGUCGUAAAGAUAUAACAGGGACCCGCUGGAAGUGCGAAGUAUGUUGCGACUAUGAUCUCUGCGACGACUGCUACAAAAGCGGCAAGCACUACCGAGAGCACCCCUUCCUGCGGCUCAAGAAGCCCGGUGGUUUAGCGUGACAGGUUUUAUGGAAUCUGCUGCGACGGCUGUCGUCAGAUGAACAUAUCUGGAGUCCGCUGGAAGUGCGACGUGUGCGUCGACUAUAACCUGUGCUUGGACUGCUACAUGGACAACAAACACGCCAGCCACGCCUUUGUGCGCUACGACAGCUCUAUUGCCCCAAGUGUAACGGUGCCCCCGAGACAAUUACAGAGCGACGCGGAAGCUGGAACUAUGCUGCAUGACGGAAUAACCUGCGACGAGUGUCUCGAGGAUGGAAUUUUCGGCACGCGCUGGAAAUGCCUGUUGUGUCAUGACUACGACCUGUGUGAUUCCUGCUACAUGGACGGCAAGCACAACCAAGAACACGCCUUCCUGAAGCUCAACACGCCCGGUGGCGUCGCAACGAGGGUGCCUCCGAGAAAGACAACGGCCAGGUCACAGUUAAGCUAUUUCAUACCCAGAGGUGAGAGUUCUCGCGGGCCACCAUGCAAUAGCUGUUGCCGGAAGCACCUUCCAGGAGUCCGAUGGCAGUGCGACGUAUGCUCGGACUACAACCUUUGCUCUGAUUGCUACGCGUCCAACAAGCACAGACUCGACCACAGCUUUCUGCGUUUUGAUAGUCCUCGUGGUACAGGAAUCAAGGUGUCCCCGAGGCAACAAUCGGCACAGACGAGCUCUGCAGGUGCCCGUCACACCGGAGUCAACUGUGAUGCCUGCGGUGAGCAAGGAAUCUUGGGGACACGCUGGAAGUGCCAACUGUGCAGAAACUAUGAUCUGUGCACUGUUUGCUACAAUGGAGGCAGACACGAGCAAGAGCACGCCUUCCUGCGCAUCCUUCGGCCUGGCGACACAGCAGCAAGCGUGCCACCCAGGAAGCCGUUUACAAAAACACAGCCUAAGCUCUCUGAUGAGGACUUCGUGGACUUACGGAACCCUUCCCAGAGGAAAGAACAGGCGCCAACGAGAACUGAAGUGGAUCACGCCGCUGAGACGGAACAGGAGAGAGAGCUACGACAAAUCAAGGAAUCCUUAGACUGCGGCAUUUGUUUGGAGCGCAGGCGAAACGUGGCAUUCCUGUGCGGCCACAGCGCAUGCGCCGUCUGCGCUGCGACUCUAACAAUUUGUCACAUGUGCCGUAUUCCCAUAGGAAGAAAAAUCACACUCUACUAGAUACAUUUAUCUCAAUAGAGGAGGACCUCUCUAUAUUUAUAUUUUUGUAUAAUAUUAUUUCUUGUAUAAUAUUUCUAUUUCUUGUAUUGACAAAGUAGCUUCGCUGUUUAUAUAACUCGAACCUGGUGCUUCUUUAGUGGCUCUGCGAUGAAAUGUUCGUAACCUUUGGUACUUAGCAAAUGGAUGUGAUCUGUCCAUAAAGCCGUGCCAUAGUCUGUCGUUACUUUCCCAUAAAAGUCGGGUACCGUUUCCCAUCUUGGGAACGAAUACCUCGAUCAGUUUAUUCA